AUGGCGGCCGCGGAGGAGGCCGAGGCGGCCACGGCGCUGGCGGCGCUGCUGGGCCCGGCCGCGGGUGCUGCGGCCCGGGCGGGGGCGGCCGAGGCGGCGCUGUCGCUGUCGGGCUCCGCGGCGGGGCGGCGGCUGCUGGCGGGGCAGCCCCGGCUGCUGGAGGCGCUGCUGGCGCUGGCGGCGGGGCCCGGCGCGGAGCCCGCCCGCUCGGCGCGGCGCUGCCUGCUCAACGUGUCCGCCGAGGCGGCGGCCCGCGGGGCGCUGCUGCCGGCGCUGCCCGCGCUGGUGCCGCUGGUGCCGGCCGGGCCGGUGUGCGGGCUCCUGGCCAACCUGAGCCGGGAGCGCGGCGGGGCGCGGGCCGUGCUGCGGGCGCUCGGCUCCCGCUGGGACGCGCUGCUGGAGGCGCUGGCGCAGCCGCGGCCGCCGCCGGAGCUGGGGCCGCUGCUCUGCAACCUCAGCCAGGUCCCCGAGGGGCGCCGCCGGCUCCUGGACCGCUCCCGGUGCGCGGUGCAGCGGCUCCUGCCCUUCACGCAGUACCCGCACUCCGCCGAGCACCGCCGCGGCAUCGUGGGCGCGCUCCGCAACUGCUGCUUCGAGCACGAGCACCACGAGUGGCUGCUGAGCGAGGCCGUGGACAUCCUGCCCUUCCUGCUGCUGCCCCUGGCCGGGCCCGAGGACCUCCCGGAGCACGACAUGGAGCGGCUGCCCCCGGACCUGCAGUACCUGCCCCAGGACAAGCAGCGGGAGGAGGAGCCCGACAUUAGGAGGAUGCUGCUGGAAGCCGUCAUGUUGCUGACGGCCACGGGGCCCGGGCGCCGCCGGGUGCGGGCCAUGGGCACCUACGUGGUGCUGCGGGAGCUGCACGGCUGGGAGCGGCACCCCGGGGUGCGGGCGGCCUGCGAGCGCCUCCUGCAGGUGCUGAUCGGGGACGAGCCGCCCCCGGGCAUGGAGAACCUGCUCGAGGUGAACGUCCCGGAGGAGGUGGAGCAGCAGCUCCAGCGCCUGGACCGGGAGGAAGAGGAGCAGCGGUGGUGGGAGGAGGACCGGGAGCAGGAGUGGGACCGGGAGCGGGACCGGGAGCCACAAGGGUCCCCCCGGUGA